AUGACCAGCUCAACAUACGGUACAUGUGUGAAACCCCGGUCAUACACACCAUCAAUGUGUGCGUAUCACAAACCAGGAGUCGCUGCGAAUCUACACACUUCGAUCCAAGACGACCCAGUUUUCUACAUCAACCAGCAAGAAGGCGUCGUAAUUGCUAAGAUUGAAAAAACUGUCGAAGUCAGAAGUUCCACUCCAUCGAAUCCAGUCAAGGAAAGUUGGCAGCAACGGCAGCCAGCUUCAACAAUCGGUAACGUGCGGUGGAAAAGGCUGCCGGAUGUUCCUGAGGAUGUGCACCAAGAUUGGCUUCUGUGGAUCGCACCACAUUACAAAGUACAAUCACACCGCUCCCGAAAACCGGACAACGUCCCGGCUAUACCACAAAAGAAACCGCCUACUCAACACGUCCUCAUAUCCCUCCCAACGGCUCGUGACGUUAUGGGCGACGGCGUCAACGACACCUUGGACAAGUUGGUUUGGAUUUUGGCCAAUGUCGGACUUGAUUCGAAGUCGGAAAUGCUGCCUGAAUGGACUCGGACCGACCAACCUGCCAAGCUACUCAUUGAUCAGCUCUUUUAUGAUCGUCUUACUCCUGAAGAAAAAUUUGCCUACGACAACUGGGCAUCUGCGGAAGCUGAAUAUGAAGCAUCUUGGCGUUUCCAAGUUACAGAAGAUUUGAGAGAAGAGACGGACAAACAGAUAGAAGAGAUACGAAACCAAUUCGAGGCCAAACGAAAGAAAUCAGAGGCUGAACUUGAGGAGCUUAAGGCUAAACUGGUCCGGCGUGCUGGGCUAGAGGAGGAGCUUAAGGUUGAACUGGUCAGGCGUGGUGGGCUAGAGGCUGAACUUGAGGAGCUUGAGGCUAAACUGGUCCGGCGUGGUGGGCUAUGA